UUGUUUAACUCAUGUUGGAAGCGGCCUCGGUCUUGUCGUCUAAUUUUCCAUGAUUUCAGUUCUGGUGCUGAUUUACUGACAGAAGAGAAUGUGAUCAUUCGCAGAACGUUGCUCAAAGAUCAAGAGCAAACUGCUCGAAUCUAUCAUAAUUUAAAGUGGGGGCGUCUCCUUCCACAUCCGAAUAUCCUGUCAACCUUGGACGCCUAUGAGGCCGGUGAUAGUCUGUAUACGGUAACGGAUAUGAUGGACGGACGUCUAUCCGACAUUGUAGACGAGAAUUUGAAUCAUUUUGUUAUCGCGAAGAUCGUCUAUCAACUGUUAUCAGCUCUUGAACCUCUACAUUCCAAUGGAUUGCAUCAUGGGAACAUUACCCUAAACUCUGUCUUCAUCAACACCGACGCCGUUCUGAAGUUGUCAUCUUACGGUGAUAUCAUGCAAAGUGCUAACAAGGAGAAAUUUGCAGAAGAUAUCAUGUCAGUCGGUACAAUCCUUGCUCGUUUACUACUUGAGGAAGAGUCGUUUAUGAAGCUAUCGAAAAUAAAAUCUCAUAACGAUCUCGAAUGGCGCGCUAUUCUUCAGGAUUUUCACGCUAGGAAUAUUCUCUAUAUGCUGCUCGGAGCACGAUGUUCAUUGGAGGAUCUGCUCAGGCAUCCGUAUUUGCUUACAUUUCGGAAGAACGGCAACAAAGUGCCGUUGAUCGACACUGAGCAUAAAGAUCUGUCAUCUCUCAGUCUUACCGAUGUACAAGGAUUACUUCGUGACGAGCUCAAUCGAUACGAGUCAUCGAUCUCUAUGCAAGAUGUGCAGUGA